CUAGGAAAUGGGCCUUAAAAUUUCAUGGGAUCGGCCUAACGGCGUAACCUCGCCGUCCCAGCGAGCCGGUUCCAAGUUUCUCCCUCUUCCUGGAACGAAGAGGCAGUAGAAGAGUAACGACGGAACGACGUGAAUUCAUGUGAGAGGAGAGAAAGACUCGGCCAAAAAACAGACGGACGCAGGAUAUAUACGCUGCUUCCUUGCUUCUCAGCUCCUGUUAUUGCAAUCAAACUGUGAAAUCUGUUUUUGAAUUCGUCGUAUACAGAACAAACAUGGCACAAGAUUCUGAGAAGAGGCUCCGUUCCAUCAUGGACAAGCUCGUCCAUGCUCCCAAAUCCGGACUUCCUUCUUCCACCUCUAGUACAUCAGGAGUACUGCUAUCGGGAAGUAAAAAACGUUCAUACGAAUCAACUACGUUAGGCGCAUGGGAAUCAAAUUUGAAAGGGGAUGCUGCUGAUCGGCAGCCUUCCUCAGCUCAAGCUGGAGCCACUACAGGUUCACGCUGCAGACCAUGGGAUCGUGGUGACUUUAUUAAAAGACUAGCCACCUUUAAAUCAAUAUCGUGGUUUGCUAAACCAAAGGUGGUAAGUGCUGUAAAUUGUGCUAGAAGAGGUUGGAUCAACAUAGAUAUUGAUACCAUAGCCUGUGAAGCAUGUGGAGCUCGUAUCCUUUUCUCCGCACCAGCAUCUUGGAAUCAGCAGCAAGUGGAGAAGGCAGCUUUGGUGUUUAGUCUAAAGCUGGAUAGUGGACAUAAAUUACUUUGUCCAUGGAGGGGCAAUGUCUGUGAUGAAACACUAACAAGAUUUCCGCCUACGCCUCCUCAAGUAUUAGUCGAUAAUUAUAGGGAACGUUGCUCUGCUCUCUUGCAACUAUCAGCUCUUCCUCAAAUUUCACAAUCAACAAUAGAUUGCUUGAAAAGCCCACUACUAGAUGAAUUCCUUGGAGAAUCUUCAAUGCUAGAGGGUGGAAAUGAAUCUGCCAACACUUCAGAAAUAGAAAAUCUUAGCAGCCCGCAUGAACUGAAGUUAUAUUACCAGGCUCAGAAGCUUAUAAGUUUAUGUGGCUGGACACCUCGUUCUCUGCCUUACCAAGUUGACUGCAAGGAUAUUCCAGAUCAGUCCGUGAAAAACAUAGUUACAGAUAUGAAGAAUAAUAACCUCAUUUGGCAUUCUACUAAUGCUGAUGAAAGCUUAGACACAGAUGCAAAUUCUAAGGGUUCUAUUGGGGAACAACUGAAUCCGAAUUCUGUGGUUUUAGAUUGUAGCCUCUGUGGCGCCACUGUUGGAUUGUGGGCAUUUGGUACUAUUCCCCGGCCUGUCGAGAUAUUCAGAUUAGUGGGGGACACAGAAAUUGUUGAGAAUGGUAAUGAGAAUUCAUCCAGUAAACAUGAUAAACAUGAUCUUGGAACUAGGCAAGGUGUUACAGGUACCUUGUCAAAUGUUGCAACUUCAUCCCAAUAUAGUUCAAGCCUAAAUAUGACAAUUGCUGGGGGCCCUUCUCCAACAAAACAAAAUUUUAAAGCAACGAUAUCUUUUCCUGUUAUUGGUCAGAAUUUAAGGGCUCGGCUUUCCUAUGAUUCUGAUUUUAAAGAUCAUGCUUUUGUUGAUGGGGAUAGUAUUCAGUCUGACUCACAGAAGAGGAUCAGGCUUCAGGAGGAAACAGAUUGUACAGUUGAUUCUUCCACAGGACAACUUGUUCCUGUGUCAUCUGAAACAACGGAAAUUUCACAUGCAACUGCUCCUCAAACUAGUCCUACUAAUUCAAAUGUAGAUGAUGCUAUGGUGGAGACCCAGCAUGAAGGGCACUUUCCAAGUUUUAAGGAUACGAUUCCUAUGCAUCUAGAGUCUGACGGAUUGAAUAUUUCAGUGGCAGUAGGUCCUAGUAGCUCCCAGCCUUGGUCGGAAGAUGACAUCUGUUUUGCUGUGCAGAAAGAUUUGGUAGAAGGUAGGGUCCUUUCUGCUGCACAAGAGAUUUCAGGUGUACAACUUGGUAAUCUUGAGAAUUAUGAGGUCAGAAGCAGAGUAGAAGAUCCUGUAAACCGUGACGAUGUAAAUUGCAAUUUAGGAAAAGACCUGAGACCAUUAUUGUCUGGUAAAGCAAUGGAGUUUGAUCCAAUUAGGCAGCACAGACAUUUCUGCCCCUGGAUUGCAUCCUUGAAUGAUGAUGAACCUGGAUGGAAACAGACAUUAUCCGCCUUACUUCAUCAGAAAAAUCAUUCGAAUUCUCCACCACAUCAAUCUCCCUCAUCGACUUCCAUCAUUAAGGUGGACGACCCUAUUGGUUCUGUGAAAAGACUUUUCAUGUCUCCAUCCAUGAGAAGAACGAAACUACCUCGCAUCUCAGGACACGAUAUAGAGCAGAGGUAGGUUAGGCCAGACGUCCAGGUGGUAGUCCCGUCCAACCCUAUUCAAGUUAUGCUUACGUCGCAUUUUUCCUUGUUUGUUAUCCAUUUUCAAAUUGUUCUCAAUCAUUUUUCACCCUUUUUUUUUUGCCAUGUCCUUCCCGACAAACCAAGCACUGGGUAACACCUUGAUGCUUGUGAUUCACGAUUGCUGUUCUGUAAAACUAAGUGGUCAUAUCUUUAUUUUAUUUCAUUUUUUUUACACGA